AUGAGCAUAAUAAGCAGCCUUAAGCAAGAAAAAAAAAGAUCAUAAAGCACACGUCCGCGUAGUAAUCCUAGAAAGCUAAAUAUAAACGAAUUAUAAUAACAAAAUUCAUCAAUAAUUAACUAAACAACUGACUAGUAUCCGCUACUAAACCAAUAAGAAAUAUAAAAUAAUAUUUUAUCUUUAGUUCAUGAGUAGCCUAAUCGCAAGAUUAUUUUAUCUUAAAAAAGUUAAAGAAGACAGUUUCAAAAUAAUAAUAAUAACAAUCUAGGCAAUUACUAUACAAACUAAUCUUAUUAGAAUUAACAGUAAGUAGAUUUAUAAAAAUAUUUUAGCUAGUUGCCAAGCAAUUAGAAUGAAUUACCUCUCCCUUUUUUCCCAUAUAAUUAAGAAAUGAAUUCAAAUAAAGACUUGUGUAUUGAAAAUGAUAGUAAAUAUUUUAACAACUAUAUGAAUUAAAAUUAAUUAGCUUCAGCACUAGAAACCCCAAAGUUCAGCAUUAAUCCUAUAGUCAGUAAUGAAAGGAAUAAUUCAAAUGAGUCAGAGUUCGACAUAAAUGAGCAAAAUAACAUUUAAUUUGAUUUAAUUAAUAUUUAAGAAGAGUCUCCUAAUUAAAUAUCUUUAAAAGACAAACUAUUAAAUUCGAGACGUAACGAAUUUUUUUCAUUCGGAAAACAAAGAUCUUCUUUGCAAUUACAACAGAAUUAACAAAAACUAUCAGAAGAAAAUGCAUAAAUAAGAAAAAAUUAAGAUGAAGAAAUGCUUGAAAAUGAGGAUUUUUCAAAUAUAAAAAUAAACAAUUUAAAUUAUUUCCAUCAAAAUCCGUUUCACCUUAGAAAUCAAUCUUCUACAUAAAAAUAUCCUUCUUAAUUUGUUCUUACUGAUAUUUCUUUAAGCUAAAACAAUAUUAAUGAAUAACAGCAAAUUUAAGAUAUUAUGUUGAAGUCAACCAACUAUAAAACUUCGAAAUCAGCAAUACCAUUUAAAGUUAAAAAUAUUCCAAAAUCAAUAAAUAAUCAAGCUAAAAUAUAGAUAGCAAAUUAACUAAAGCUAUCUGCUUCUCCAAUAAAUAGUUAUACAUUUUAUAAUUACAUAGAUAAAGAAAAUUGUUCUGUUACACUGCCUAAAACUGAUUCUUUUUAAACAAGAAAUUAAUCUAAAACACCUAUUUAAGCUAGUCAUUCAAUACAACUAAAUUAAAGUUCUUCCCAUAAAAUCCCUAAAUAGCAGCUGAUUCCUCCAUCAUACUUAAUGCAACAAAAUUCUUAGCAAAAAAAUUCGGGAUCUAUUCAUAUUAGAGCUAUUCAGUCUUAAAAGCAAGGAAGAAAUAAUUAAAAGUAGCUUCUUAAUGAUAGCUUAAAUUCAAUUAACCCCAACAAAUUUUCUCGCAAAAUGAUAUAAAAUUAAAGUUUUGAUAACAUUUAGUAGACUCUAGUUUAAGAAAAUAGCAAUUAUCAUAAAAGAUCCUAGGAAUCUAAGAAUAAUAACUUUAGUAUUCAUAGUACAGCAAAUAAUAAUAAUUCGUUUGACAUGAAUAGGCUGGUUUUAGAUUCAAUUAUUUGUAAAGAAAAUUCUUUAAAGUUACCUAAAUAACAGAUUUUACCAAUUCAGAUAAAUAAAGUAAACUAAUUUUCAAGUAAAAAAUCAGUGAAAAAUGGCACAAGCUAAUCAUUCCAUUAAAGAAUGAAGACAAUCAUGUGA